AUGUAUAUGAGAAGGGACACUCUGAUAAGCUACCUAGAUAUUAGGGUUGGAGACAGGGGGGGGCCGGGUCUUCAGGGGGGACGGGGGAAGCGCGGCCCCGCCGGCCCAUCUGGACGUGCAGGUCCUGUCGGAGUCAAGGGGGUUCGAGGUGAAGGAGGACUUGAUGGCUUCCAGGGUCCCCGGGGUCCACCCGGCCCGACCCUCUCAGCUCAACACGUCAUCGAGGUUUGUAAGAAAGUGGUCCUGGUGCAGAUGUCCACCUUUGCCAACUCAGUGAAGAGGACGUGUGCUGCGGUUUGUCCUCUGUAUGGGGACGUCCCCAUGGGUGCCCCUGGUCCCACAGGACAGGAAGGACCCCCUGGACCUAAUGGUGACCCUGGUAAUGACGGUGUUGACGGAGAACUGGGUCUGCCGGGAUUCUACGGAGAGGCCGGGGAUCUUGGCCGAAAAGGAGAAACAGGUGACAGAGGAGAGCAAGGUGAUAAAGGACCCAAGGGUUACGGCCUGCCCGGAUACUUUGGAGACCAGGGACCAAAGGGUCAGCGUGGACGUACCGGCAGAGCCUUUAACGGGCAGCCAGGACAGCAGGGGGAGAGGGGCCACGGGGGCCGGCCGGGCCUCAGGGGCCACGCAGGUCUCAGAGGAGCUCCAGGAGCUUGUCUCACCUCUGGGUGUGCUGCUGAGUCUAACUCCAACAGAGAGACACCUCGACCUGCGGCGCGGAGGCUGAGGAAUCGCCAGUAG